AUGAAAAUCUCGAGAAUGGAAAAUGUGAAAGAGGAAGAAGAAGAGAAGAAGAAAGAAAAGAAGAAACAGUGGAAGAAGUGGUUUGAUCAGAAGAAUCUGAUGGAUUGAGGUUUCACCGUUUACAGUUUGCAUGUAUGUAAGUUCUGUCUGUACUGUAAUACUAGCAGAUGUGAAGAUCUUGCAGAAAUACGAGUUGUAAACGACAAGAAUCUGGAAAAUCUCAAGAGCCGAAGGCUA